AUGCCCUGCGACAAUGCUCUGCGACAAUUCCCUGCGACAAUGCCCUGCGACAAUGCCCUGCGACAAUGCCCUCAAUGCCCCCAAUGCCUCAAAUCCCCUGGUGCACCCGAGCAGCUCAAGGUGCUGGAGCUCAACAACAACGAGCUCGCGGGUUCGAUUCCCGACGCCGUCGGCAAUCUGAAGCUGCUGCAGGACGUGUCGCUGGCGGAGAACCGCCUCACGGGGCGCGUGCCCAAGGGGCUCGACUACCUGCGCGCCAGCCGCACCGCGCGAUACAACUUCUCCGCCAACGGCGCCGGCUUCUGCGGAACCGGAUUUGCCGGCCUUACGUCGGUGGUGUCGUCUGUGGUGAGUCGGGACAGAGGGUGGGAUGAUGCCAGCAAGGGCGGCUCUCUCAUGGGUGCUAGUGCAGUGCACGCUCACAACAGCAGCGGCGCGACUCGUAUGGCUGCGCCUGCUGCGCCUUCUGCUGCCACGUCGGCUGCCACAUCAGCUGCCACGUCGGUUGCAAUGCCUGGUGGGAUGUCUGCUGCGUUUGCAGCAGCGGCUGCAGCAGCGAGCAGGGGGCGAGGUGGGGGGCAGUCAGCAGCAGCGGUGUCUGCAACCACUGCUGCGUCUGCUGCGUCUGCUGCGUCUGGUGCGAGCAGUGAGAGCGAUUCAGACACGGAGGAGAUUGAGAUGGAGGAGAGCGGGGGGUACAGGGGAGUGGCUGCAGCAGCGCCCGCUGUUACCAGCGCUGCAGCUGUGGGUAAGGGGGUGCUACGGGACAGCCCUCGCAAGCCAGGGGCAGGAGCAGCAAGGGCAGGUGGAACUGGGGCAGGCGGAACUGGAGCAGGUGCUUCUGGGGUAGGUGCAUCUGGGGCAGGUGGUGGUGCUGGGGCAGGCUCGUCUGGCGUGCGGGUGGGGGUGUAUGGGCCUGCAGGGAGGUCGCUGCGAGUGACAGACUUGCACGCUGCAGAGGGGGAGCGAGGGGAGGAGGAGGAGGAGGAGGAGGAGAGCAGCGUUACGAGUGACAGCAGUGACAGCGAUUACCCCAUUGGUAAACAGCCUGUGGCGAGCGCUAGAAUGGCAGCAGCAGCAGCGGGAGCAGCAGCAGCAGCAGCAGCAGGAGCAGCAGCGGUAUCGCCUUCUAUUCCCAGGGGGUGGGCCGGUGCGUCUGCUGCCACUGUCGCUGCAGCAGCUGCUGCUAUCUCACCCUCUCGUGCUGCUCCUGCUGGUGCUGCUGGGGCGUUCCCUGGCAGAAGCAGUAGCAGGGGCGAGGGAAUGGAAGGUGAGAGGAGAGAUGGAGACACGUCAGACACGUCUGACACGUCAGCAGAUGGUGACGAGGCAGCAGGGCACGGAUUGGAGCGGUACUUUACGCUUGCUGAGCUGGCGCUGGCGACGAAUGAUUUUGGGCGGCAGAGUGAGCGCAGUGUGCUGGGCAGCGGGCGGCACGGCACUGUUUACCGCGCGCGGUUACCAGAAGGGACGACGGUGGCCGUGAAACGACUGAGCGACAGAAAUCUGGAGCAAUCCCCGCGCGAGUUCAAGUUUGAAGUCGAUUCCCUAUCUCAAGCCAAGCACCCCAACCUGGCGGCCGUGUUAGGGUGCUGUGUGGAGGGCGACGAGCGCAUGCUGGUGUACGAGUAUUUGCCCAACGGGUCGCUGGACGCCUGGCUCUACCAGACCGCUGCUGGCGGGUCCACGGAUACACUGGACUGGCCCAUGCGCAUGCACGUCGCCAUCGGCUGUGCCAAGGGUCUCGCCCACCUACACGGCGGCAUGGCAGUGAAGGUGGUGCAUCGCGAUGUGAAGGCGUCAAACGUGCUGCUGGACGCGCAGUGGAACGCCAAGCUGGGCGACUUUGCACUGGCCAAGGCCAUGGGGCGGGACCAGGGGCACGUGGGCACGCGGGUCAUGGGCACCUUCGGCUACGUGGCGCCAGAGUACAUGAACACGGGCCUGCUCACGGAGCGCAGUGACGUGUACAGCUUCGGCGUGCUGCUGCUGGAGCUCAUCUCCGGCCGCCCACCCAUCGACAAUGAGGCGCCCUCCGACCAGCAUCAGUGCGAGCAGGAGCGCAAGUGGGGCACGCGUCCUAAGGUUAAAGUAGCAGUUUCAGAUCAGGUUGAUCUGGUGCGCUGGGUGCGCGCCAAGGCAGCAGAGGAGCGCCUGCUGGAGGUCUUAGAUCCUCGCCUGCAGGGCACGGUGCAGGCAGACGACAUGGAGUAUGCCCCUUGUCCUCCUCCCCUCACUUCCUCAUCCCCUUCCCCCCCACAUCUCCUCUCUAAUGUGCAGGUUGACUUGGUCCGCUGGGUGCGAGCCAAGGCAGCAGAGGAGCGCCUCUUAGAGGUGCUGGAUCCGCGGCUGCAGGGCACGGUGCAGGCAGACGACGUGGAGUAUGCCCCUUGUCCUCCUCCCCUCACUUCCUCAUCCCCUUCCCCCCCACAUCUCCUCUCUUCCUUGCAGGUCGAUUUGGUGCGCUGGGUGCGAGCCAAGGCAGCAGAGGAGCGGCUUCUUGAGGUCCUGGAUCCACGGCUGCAGGGCACGGUGCAGGCAGACGACGUGGAGUAUGCGCUGGGCGUGGCGCUGCGAUGCGUGGAGCCCAACGCACUGAAGAGGCCCAAGAUGCCGCAGAUCGUGCACAUGCUGGAGAGCGAGGACCCCAAGCAGAGGGACGACUGGGUAGCAAGGAGGCCCAGCGCAUCCAGUGCGCGCUCGCUCGCCUACCGCGACCCCUCCCCCCGCGCCACCUUCCGCCACUGCGACUCUUCCCCCCGCACCCACCCCCCACGCGACUCCUCCCCACACACCACCAUUCGAGAGCCCUCCCCCCGCGCCCCUUAUUUCCGAGACCCUAGCCCCCGCGGCUACCCCACCGCUCCCACUGUUCCGGGUAGGACUGGCGGGUAUGCUAGUGGUGGGGGAGGGGGAGGGGGUGCUGCUGCUUGGUCGGAUUCCAGUAGAGGGACGAGUCCCAGGAUAGGGGGGGCUGGGUCGGUGUCACAGAACAGUGCUUACUACGGCAUGCCAGGCUCGGCAAGGGCUCCCGAGCCUUACCGAGCCAGCAGCAGCAGCCCGAGGCAGUACGGGAUGCCAGGCUCGGCACGGGCUGCCGAGCCGUACCGAACCAACAGCAGCCCGAGGGUCGGCGGCUCGCCAAGCGUGAACAAUAGCUACUAUCCGUCCCGCAAUGCGGCUAGCCCCACGGCUCCAGACAUUGGAGCCAUGAUUGCUUCUGCUGCCAUGAGGACAUCUAGCCCACGUGCCCUGCAUUUCCAGGGUAGUAGUGGAAGUAGCCCCAGGGCCAUGUCGCCCAGGGGCUACUCACCCCGGGAUUUUGGGCAUCCAGGGGGUAUGACCGGGGGUUCCCCUGGGGUGGGAAUGAUGGGCAUGUCGCCACGCGUGGCGAGCCCCAGGCCUUCGAGUCCGCGCAUGCAGAAUGGGGGGGAUGCGGGGAGUGUGAUUGCCAGCCAUGCCAUGAGCAUGAGCACAUUCAGGCGCCAGGGUUCCUGGAGUAGGAGAUGA